AUGCAGGGUCCCGCCGAGGAGACGCGCGUGGCGACGGGAGGGCGGCCGCGGCGCGAGAUGGAGACCGGGAAGGCGGCGGUGCCGCCCAGGGCGACCAGCGGGCGGAGGUACAAGGCGCUCACGCCGUGGCGCUUCCAGCGCGGCUUCGUCAGGUACCAGGCCAAGACCCCCGCCGCCGCCGCCGCCGCGCCCAGAGGCCGCGCCGGGGCGCCGGCGGGCGGUUCUGGCACCAAGCGUCCCAGAUCGGCGUCGGUGGUGGGGAGCGGCGGCCGUAGCGCGGGAGAUCCGAUGGACGGCCAGUCGAAGAAGAGAAGCACGCGCAGUGCGACCAUGAAGAACCCCGGUGCUGAAAUGGAUUGCCUGUUGAGAAGAGCCACACGCAGUGCGACUGCCAAGAGCUCCGAUGGGGUUAAAAUGGAGAACGGCGCCUGCAGCGGUGCCGGAAAGGAUUUCCCAUUGAAGAGACACACACGCAGUACGGCUGCGAACAGCUCCCAUGCUAUUAAAAUGGAGAACGACUCUCCUAGCAGUGCUGGAAAGGAUUUCCAAAUAAAGAGAGGCACACACAGAGUGACCACGAGGAGCUCCAAUGGGGAGAAAAUGGAUAACAAUGCUCGCACCGGUGCUGAAAUGGAUUGUGGUUUGGGCAAGUCCAGCUGCAAUAUUAUGGGUGAUGGGUUGGCCAACGCUGCUGGAGGAGAUUGCAGAGUGACCACGAGGAGCACCAAUGGGGAGAAAAUGGAUAACAAUGCUCGCACCGGUGCCGAAAUGGAUUGUGGUUUGGGCAAGUCCAGCUGCAAUAUUAUGGGUGAUGGGUUGGCCAACGCUGCUGGAGGAGAUUGCUGUUUUGAGGGGCCAGACUACAGCGGUGUCCUGAGAGAUGAACAUGUCCAGAAUUUUGGGACUGGCGGCAGCGUUGGUGCUGGUGAUGGGGCAGCUUGCAUCCCAGAGGGGAUUCAGAGUAAUGUAGGAGCUGAGAACUGUGAGUCUGAGGGUUCGGAGAAGUCCCGUGUGACCGGGAAUGUGUUAAAGAGCAACGUUUCUUCUGCUGCAGAUCAUGUGCUGGAGCAGCCGGAGGGAAAAGGUGCUAACACGGGAAAUGGGGCUUCCAAGGAGAGUGAUGUAGCAGCCAAAGGGUGCAGCUCUGCAGUUCCUGGAAGCAAUGCUAAUGGCCCAAAUUGCCGCAGAGGGCGGAAAGAAAUAGUGCCAUGGAGGUUCCAGAUCGGGUACAAGCGGUCAUUCUCGAAAGCUUUCUGCUCCAAUGGUGGAUCACUUGAAACUCCGGAAUACAGGGCUCAGGGCAGCUCAACACAGUGCACUCCAGGAACUAGAAGUACUGUGAGGUGCUAUGCAAGCCCCCUUUCAAAUGUUCGAGUUUCGGCCGUGCGUGAUUUCUCCUCAGGGAAAGGCGAGAAGGAAACCCGAACAGCAUAUAAAAAGGUGAAAACUGAGAAGGAUGAUGAUAAUCAGGGAAUGCCAAAAAAUGGAGUUGCCCUUGCUAGGGAGAAAGCAAUCAGAUCCUUGCGAGAUUUCCGCUUAAUUUACAAGAAUCUUUUGAAUAAGCUUGAAGACAGGUCACGGGAAGGAGGAGCCGAUCUACAAGCUUACAAAAUCUUCAGGGACAGGUUCCUUGCACAGUGUAAUGACGAGAGAUUUGUUGGCAAUGUGCCUGGAAUCAAUGUUGGUGAUAUCUUUUAUGCAAGGGUUGAGCUUUGCAUUAUCGGUCUUCAUCGCCCACACCGGUUAGGGAUUGAUCAUAUCAGGAAGGAGGAUGGUACUUGUAUAGCUGUUAGCAUCGUGGCAUAUGCACUUCUUUCUGAUGUCAAGGAUAAUUUUGAUGCCUUGGUGUAUUCUGGAUCAAGGACAGCUACAAUGAAUCAGAAGAUAGAGGGUACCAAUCUUGCACUGAAGAAGAGCAUGGAUACCAAAACACCAGUUCGUGUCAUUCAUGGUUUCACCAUUCAUGCUAAGAACAGCCAGCGGAAGAGUAUUCUUGUAUAUGGGGGUUUAUAUCUAGUUGAGAAAUACUGGAGGGAGAAAGAAAGCGAAGAUCGUUAUGUUUAUAUGUUCCGAAUGAGAAGAAUGGCAGGUCAGAAACACAUUGACAUUGACGCAAUUAUGAAAUCAGAACAGGCUGAGCCAUAUGAUGGUGUUAUAAUGAAAGAUAUAUCCCAAGGGUUGGAGAGGAUCCCAGUAUCUGUUUUGAACUCAAUAUCUGAUGAGCAUCCAAUGCCCUAUAUCUACAUGUCUCGCCUGAAAUACCCCCCUAACUAUCAGCCAGCUCCUCCAGCAGGCUGUGCUUGUGUAGGCGGGUGCUCAGACUCCAAACUGUGUGCCUGUGUAGUGAAGAAUGGUGGGGAGAUCCCUUUCAAUGAUAAAGGCUGUAUCAUAGCAGCAAAACCUCUUGUUUAUGAGUGUGGACCUUCUUGCAAGUGUCCUCCUACAUGUCAUAACAGAGUUGGCCAGAAAGGCAUCAAAUUUCGGCUGCAAGUGUUCAAGACCAAAUCGAUGGGUUGGGGCGUGAAAACUCUCGACUAUAUACCAUCUGGAAGCUUCGUCUGUGAAUACAUUGGGGAAGUGCUGGAUGAUGAAGAAGCACAGAAAAGGAUGACUGAUGAGUACCUAUUUGCUAUAGGGCAUAAUUAUUAUGAUGAAUCCCUUUGGGAGGGCCUAUCAAGAUCUAUACCCUCGCUUCAGAAUGGUCCGGGUAAAGAUGAAGAAGCUGGUUUUGCUGUUGAUGCAUCAAAGAUGGGGAACUUUGCAAAAUUUAUUAAUCAUAGCUGCACCCCCAACCUCUAUGCACAAAAUGUUCUCUAUGAUCAUGAUGACAAGAGUGCUCCUCAUAUCAUGUUCUUUGCCUGCGAAGAUAUUCCACCCGGUCAAGAGCUAGUAUACCACUACAACUAUGCCAUAGAUCAGGUUCAUGAUGAGAAUGGUAACAUCAAGAAGAAGAAAUGCCUUUGUGGCUCUGUGGAGUGUGAUGGCUGGUUGUAUUAG